CGAAAGUAACACUAUGGUCAUGAAGGCUUGUCAAAAAAGAUUCAGAUUUUAAUAUUACUGCUAUAAAAUGUGUUUUAUCGUUGCUUAAUCUCGAUUCAAUUUCUAUAUUUAUUGUUUCCGAGUUUAUUAAAAUCAAAGUUUAAUUGAAAAUGGAGUCCGAUUCAGCGCUGCACGACGAAGUUCACGAUGGCGCGGAAGACUCUCCCGUAGAGGAAGCUCAAGCAACCGACGCAAAUGCCGACUACUCUGAAGACAAUGUUACUAGCCAAGAUUCGGAAGCAGCUACUACCGAAGAGUCGGCUACAAAUGGUGCCGCUCCAACUAGCAGUAGUGAUGCCCUGGAAGAACCUGAAUCUGCUGUUGGUGAAGGUGAAGAUGAAAAUCAAGAAAAUGAUGAAGCGAGUGCUGAGGCUGAGCCAGAGGAAAUGGAUAUUGAUGACACGGCUACUGGAACUGUGACGGAUGGGCCAGUUUACAUUGGCGACAACUGCCUGUCUACUCCUGCAGCAACAGAUGACGGCUCACCACAAGAUGAUGAACAUCAGAUGGACACCCUCAAAGACCAAGGUGCUGAUGAACUUGAGGGUGCUGAAGCCCAGGAGGAGUCUCCGGAUCAGUCGAUUAGCUCCGCCACUCCCAUUGAAGGUGGAGUUGGAGAUGGGGAGGGUGAUGGUGCACAGAUGGUGCAAGAUGAUGAGUCAAGCACUAUGGAUGAGGAUAUGGGUGCUUGUGAAGGUGUCGCCAGCAGUGAUGAUGUCAAUGACAUCAGCAGUGCAGCUCAGGAUGCAUUGAGUACGGGAAUAAGUUCAAGCACUGCCGAAGGUGGUUCAGACAUAACAAGCAGUGGUCAAACAGAGGCAGCACUGAUAUCCUCGACGGCUAAUGGACCCGCUGGUCUACUUCACUCUUUCUCCAUCGCAGCUCAGCAGGCUCAUGCCAAUGAGUUCGGCGAUGCGGACACGUCGGAAAUGGAAGGCGCUGCGGACACAAUGCCGUCGGUCAGCGAGUCUAUGCCAUUGCUGACGAUGGCCUCCAAUGGCGCUGCACUGCUCUCUCCUGGCUUGAUGCAAGGCGAAGAGGGCGGCGCAGGCGUGUCUUCGUCGCAGGCGGCCGAGAGCGCGGCGGCGGGCGGCGCGAGCGAGGGCGAGGGCGCCGUGAGCAGCUCCGUGGCCGGCAACAACGGCACGCCGCCGCUGCGGCCCGCCGACGCCGCGCACGCGCUCGCCACGCUGGCCAGCGCUGCGCUGCACCACCACGAACAGAAUGAAGCUGAUGAACCCAAACAAAUAAAUGAUGAAGACGCCUGGUUCACCGUGGGAAUUGUUAAAGGCACCACAUUUACGGUUCAAAACUAUUUGUCGGACUCUAACGUGGACCUGUCCAACUUGUCUCUGGACAACCUGCCCGACCUGUCGGGACUGCCGACGACGCCGCUCGAGCACGGCACCGCUUACAAGUUCCGACUCGCGGCCAUCAACUCCUGCGGCAGGGGAGAAUUUAGCGAAGAAAGCGCAUUCAAGACCUGUCUGCCUGGAUUCCCCGGGGCGCCAUCUGCCAUAAAGAUCUCGAAGUCCGUGGAGGGCGCUCACCUGUCGUGGGAGCCGCCGCAAGUGGCCGCAGAGGGCAUAUUCGAGUACUCUGUCUAUCUGGCGGUGCGCUCCAACACUCAACCAAAGGAGGCGUCAAAAUCGCAGCUAGCGUUCGUGCGCGUGUAUUGCGGCAAAGCGAACACGUGCGUGGUGCCGCAGUCGUCGCUGAGCGCGGCGCACGUGGACUCCUCCACCAAGCCCGCCAUCAUCUUCCGCAUCGCCGCGCGCAACGAGAAGGGCUACGGGCCUGCCACGCAAGUCAGGUGGCUGCAAGAUAUGAAAUCAACAGGAGUAAAAAGGUCAGGCGAGGGCCGGUUACCCGGCGCGUCACCCUCCAAGCAGCCUAAACAAUUAAUGCACUAACUGAACUCGAGUGACAGAAUCAAAGUAUCCCUAGGUAUAAGUAGUUAUAUGUACAGACUGAGUGAAUAUUGUUCGACCCAAGUGUUUAUCAAUGUAAUUAAUAGACCUUUUCCUAAUAUGAAAUCUCUUCUAUCAUAAUAAUUGUUGAGGUUAUAAUUUUUUUAUUGGUACACCAUUCCCUUCUAUUAUUCUAAUGUCUUCAACGGAAGGCUUAAUAGGUUAAUGUAUUCGACUUUAUACUAUAGAUUAGUUUGACUGUUUAUGUCUGCAGUGCAAAUUACUAUGACUUUAUAAAUACAUGAUUUAAGUGUAUACUAUAAGAUCUUGUCAUUCACGAAGAUUCGUGCCUUGGUUCAUUUCAUAUUGUCAUGUAAUUCUCUUGAAUGGCACUAUCUUUAAGUACAUUUAUAAUGAUAUGAGGUUAUAAAUUAUAAUCGUUUAUCAGUGUAUCUCCUAUCUUUCACAUUAAUGCUAAUAUAAUGUGUGAGGCUUAACACAUCUUUAAGGUUCUAAAAGGCAUGUAAACUGCAUUACGGCAAUAACUAGUAGUACUUUAUGUUGUGUAUUACUUAUUUACUUAUACUUGUUGAAUGAUCCGAUUUAAGUACAUCAGCUCUGUAUGAUAUUUCUUACUAUACACAUAUCCAUAAAUAACCUAUUCUAGAAUUCAUAUUUGUUUGAUUUAUUUAAAAUAUAAAAAUAAUUGAGACGAGCUACGUUUAUAAAAGUUGUUUAAUUUAUAUCAUAGCGAGGUAAUCUUAUGAAAUAAAAGCUCUCAAACUUGUUUAACUUUUCAAAUUCUAGUAAUUUAACCACGAGCUUGAAUCUGACAUAUUCGCUGGCGUGUGAGUAUUUUUGUAUGCAUCUCAUUCGUAUCUGACAUGUAUGAAAAUGUAAUAUAGAGCGAAUGAAAUAUGAAAGUAAGUACGUACGUAGAUUUAUUGUUAUUAAAUAUGUCAGUUUCAAAAUCGUGUUAGCCGUUUUAAUCAGAUUCCUCUGGCAAUCAUGUAAUAAAAAGUACAACUUAAAAUGUUCGAUUCUUUAUUUAAGGCUGCUUUCAAAAAAAACGUCAAAAGAAUGUAAAAUUGAUAGUUUUAGUCGGUGAAAUACUACACUUUCCGUUAUCCAAUAGAUUUAUUUAAUUCAAGUUCCAGUUAGAGCA